AAAGCUGAAGCCUGAAGUAGAGGCAGAUGAGGGUCACCUGGAGGAUCUUCACUUCUGCACUAGUGACUUCCUAAAGCAAAGGAAUAGAAAAGCCUAUCUGUUUUCCAACUACUUAAGAAAAAUAUCAGAAUGUCAGAAGAUUAUCUAAAGGAGGAAAUGUGCACUCUUGGAGACACAUACAUGUUCACAGUGGACGUGAGUGCAUUCUCGCCAGAACAAGUCAUUGUUACCUCAUCACAAAACAUCAUUCAGGUUUCUGCUGAAAAGCUGGCAUCAGAUGGUACCGUCAUAGACACAUUUUUCCACAAAUGGCAGUUUCCUCCAGAUGCAGACCCCAUGUCAGUGAGCUCAUCCUUGGGGCAGGGUGGUGCACUUACAGUUACAGCUUUUAAACACAAGACAAAAGUUAAGUGAUCCAUACACCUUUAUGAUGGCCUUGACUGAAGACUGAAGAAAGGCACUUCAAAUUAUUCCAAUAAAUAAUAUAAACAUUUUGAGAUGCUUUAUUUUAAAUGCA